AUGUUCACCACCAAGGUUCUUCGCCAGGUAGCUGCGCACGCCGAGCGCACUCCUUCCAUUAGAUUUAUCGGCAAGCGCACGAUUCCCGCAUCCGUCGACCACUCUCCCCAGCCCCAUCCUGCAUCACCGACCAACUCCCUUCCGGAUUCCUUCACAACGUCUUCGCACUCUACUUUCAGCGCCUACCGCGACCACGCUCAGCAAUUUGGGCCGCUCCGUAAGACCAUCAAGGCCGAUUCUGGCAUCGGUGGCGCUGCUGGUUCCCACCUUGGUCCCGUCGCCCCUCCUAAGGGCGUCUUUUUCGACCGCAACGACCUCCCCACCCGCUUCCACCGCCAGCCCCUAACCGCUGCCGAGAUCGAGGCAAUUGAGACAGGUGGCGCCGCGCUCUUUGUUUGA